UAGUCAAAGUCCUGCUGCCUGCCGUGCUGGGAUAUCGUCGGCGGUCGUCCUCUGGCGCUGCUGCUGCCUGCCGUCGCGUCUCAGUGAAACCCCUAAAUUUAGCAGCACAAAACUUCAACUAUGACAAUACAAGGAACCCUGUCGAAGCAAUAACAUGAAGAUUGGUUUUCCAGUUGUGAUUUAGUUGAUUUCAUCCAGACUUUCAGUCAGAAUAAUGGGCGAACGCGAGAAAAUAUCCAAAAACCCGGUCAGGGUUGGAUUCUACGAUAUAGAACGGACUAUUGGGAAAGGGAAUUUUGCCGUUGUUAAACUAGCUCGACAUAGGAUUACUAAGACAGAGGUUGCAAUCAAAAUAAUAGACAAAUCGCAACUAGACGCCAGCAAUCUCCAAAAAGUUUAUAGAGAAGUAGACAUAAUGAAAAGACUGGAUCAUCCUCAUAUAAUUAAACUUUAUCAGGUGAUGGAAACCAAGAAUAUGAUUUAUUUAGUGUCAGAGUAUGCGAGUCAGGGUGAAAUUUUUGAUUACAUUGCAAGAUACGGACGUAUGAGUGAAGAACAAGCUAGAAUUAAGUUUUGGCAAAUUUUGUCAGCUGUCGAAUACUGCCAUAAUCGUAAUAUAGUACAUCGAGACUUAAAGGCUGAAAAUCUAUUACUAGAUUCCAAUAAUAAUAUUAAAAUAGCGGAUUUCGGUUUUUCAAAUUACUACACAGCGGGCGGACAAUUGUCCACGUGGUGCGGAUCUCCACCGUAUGCCGCCCCCGAAGUUUUCGAGGGUAAAAAGUAUGUUGGACCUGAAAUCGAUAUAUGGAGUCUUGGAGUGGUACUUUACGUCCUAGUUUGCGGAGCUUUACCGUUCGAUGGAUGUUCACUUCAAGCCCUUCGAGAUCGAGUGCUUUCGGGUCGGUUUAGAAUUCCUUAUUUUAUGAGUCAAGACUGCGAAUCGCUUAUAAGAAAAAUGUUGGUCCUCGAGCCAAACAAGCGAUUCACCAUUCAACAAAUUAAAAAACAUCGAUGGAUCCAAACGGGUAUACUGCCUACCUUCCCACCCACCAUUCCCACAUCGAACACCCAUCCAAACGAACAAAUUCUUAGACUGAUGCAAAGCCUAGGCAUUGACAGCUCGAAAACUAGAGAGUCAAUUCGUCUAGGAUGUUACGAUCACCACGCAGCAAUUUAUUUCCUACUUCUCGAUAAACUACGCAGCCAAUUAGGAGGAGAAACCCAAACUGGAGUUCGUGAAGUCCAGCGCAGACGUCCAUCAAACGUGGCGGAACAAGCGAUGAGAAAAAUAGGGAGGGCAAGCACCUCGGAAGACUGUCGUCGACUCCUGCAACACUCUACCAUCGCCCCAACGGCAAGCAACAGUAAAAUCAGCAUGGGCUCAGUCACAGCUUCCAGCCGACCCAUCAAUUCAUCACCGAUUCACGGCAUCGACGCUGCCAGGCUUUUGGCUGCCACCAAUAGCGAAGACGCUUUGAAAAUUCUGAAUCAGGCCGCUUCUGCUACGACUUUUAGCAUGUGCACCGAAGCUACAAGGCUUAUGUCCACGUUACAGAUGUCUGCUAUACCGUCUAGCUCAGCGGAUGGUUCUGGGUAUAAGGAGUACGCGAAAGGAGGGGCUAGUCAGUACCCUUUGUUGAUGAAUAUGCAUAAUCCUUUUGAAAGUGUGGAGGUUAAAGGCAGUCUUGAUAGAUUCAGUAGUGGCUUUAAAGGUAGCGAAAUCCACAUGCAGUACUCAAGUUCAACCGACGAAGGCGUAGAAACCGACUUAGAAGACCAAACACAUGUAGGCACAAGACUGAGUUACACCUCGUCUAGCUCAUCUAGCGGGGUAGUUAACAAUUUCAACGCUUCGAAAAGCUUAAGCCAGAACCUCAGUUGCGAUAGCAAUUUCGAAAGCUUAGAGUAUCCGCUGUCCGAGUCCAGCGAAUUAGCAAGCAGUCUUCCGAGUUGCACGUCAACGGACAAAAAACCCGAACCCACCCUUACCAGCUCCAACGCGCUGUCCAACAUAAAAUAUUCCAUAGUUCCUAGAUCUGUUUUGCACAAGCACAAUCCCCUAGUUCACAUGAGCAGUUUUAAGACUACCAGAAACAUGACUAGGUCGCCUGUAGAUUUCCGCGAAGGUAGACGUGCUAGUGAUGGGUUAGUAGCUCAACAAGCUGCCGAUCCACCAGGUAGUACUCUAGCCUUUAACUCUCAAAAAUUAAACGAAGGCUAUAAAGCUAAAGGGGUUUUAGAUAUGGGGCUGGUGCAGCGUGAAGCGCUCAGACUUCAAAGUCAAUAUCAAGCCAGAGAGCCUCCAGAAGAAAUAUCGCACAGACAAAUACAGCACAAUCAAUACAUGCAACCUAGAAGCACAAAAAAAAUCAGCUUGCCAGAUAAUUUUAGUUAUUCCAGUACUUGUGUGGAACCAGUGCAACUUCAAACCGCAAUGCAACACCGACUGUUACAACAAAAACGCCAGAUAUUGCAAAAACAGUGCGCCAUGGCCCAUCAAACUGUAGAAACUCCUCAUUUAUCACGCAGGCAUAUGCUGAGACAGGCUAGUUAUAAAAUCGCUCAACAACAACCAGUAUUGCCGCCAUUACCUCCGCUUCCUUUAUCGGAAAACGAAAGCAAAGAUUUACUUGCUUUUCAGUCAUUGGUCGAAGGAUCUCAGGAAUCUUGGAAUUCUUUGUCUAGCAGCAUGCAGACUUCUUGUCAGAUUGCUGAAACUUCGAGUAGUAGUUCCAAUAAGGCUUGGCAGAAACCAGUUCCGACAUGGAAUCAGGGUCCAUCCAGUUUACCGACACCAACGAAUUUGCAAGGGAACGUUUGGCCGCCCUUGCUGCCUUUACGAGAAAGUCCUAUUUUAGAGCUGACUGAACAGAUGGAAUCCAUGUAACUCUGUCAAAUCUACAUUGUUUUUCUAUUUCUAGAUUAUAUUAUGUUUUGGCAUUAUUGGAUUUUUAGUAGAAGAACUAUGCUCCUAUAUACCUACAUAUUGAUUAAUAAGAUUUGUUCCUGCAAAAUUAUAUUGAAUUUCUAAUGAAAAUUUUCUACAGAUUUCAUUGGAAGAGUUGUGAGAUUAAUAUUAAAAUAUCAAUAUUGGCAGCAAUUGGAACAAAUGGUAGAUAUUGCUAGUUUAGGACAAAGACAAAUUCUUUUUUUGCUGGAACAAACCAACUACUCCUAACACAAACUUCACCUAAUCACAAUGUAGACCAUGACAAUAAAGUUUUAUAUUUUGGCAAUUUGAUACUGUAUUUAAAUUUGCUGCAGAUUCAAAUAAAGUAUUUUCUUGACUCAAACCUAUAUAUGCAUCAAAAAUACUACAGGGGCAUCGAAACAUCAACGCAGAAUAUACAUAUUUUGUCGUUUUAAAAAUAAGAUUUCGAAAAUAUUUGGUCACGUUUUAAGUGACAACUCCGUAGUCAAUUUUAACCAUGUAUAAGCUAAAAUCAAAAAGUAUAUAUAUUCGUAUAUAAGACAUUCCAGGCGAAGAAUUAAAAUUAGUUUGUUCAGUAAUAUUGUGUGUGUGGAUCAUUACAGUAACUCUGUAGAUUUUAGAGUUAAAAAUCGUAUGUCUUCGAAAAUCGUCCUUGUUGCCUACAGACAAUAAGAAAACCGCAUUUAAUUUCUAUAAUGGACAAAUAUCAAAAAUUUGUAAUAAUGUAGAUAAUUUUCUAGGCUUAAAUCAUUUAAAAAAAUUUCAGAAUGGUCUUUUGAGGUUUGCUCAUAAAAUAACUGCAAAUAUUUUUUGAUUCCGUAACUUCUGAAAGGGCUUUUCUAGAGUGAUAAAUAUAUUGUAAAUUUAGUAUAAGCAAUAUUGAAAAAACUACCCGCUUAAAACAACAUUGUAGAUCCAAUAAUUGAGUCAAUAUAAUAAUUAGGCAAACGAUAAUCAAUGUUAGAGUUACUGUAAAAACAGUUUAGGAGUGAUAUAUAGAGGUAUUAUUUAGAACUGCAAUUUUUACCUGCUGUCCAAAACCUAAAUUUGUUCAGCAAGGAAAAAUUCUACUAUAGCUGGUGUUCAUUUUGGAACUAAACCACCAAUCCAUCUCUGUUGAAAUUUGCAGAGAAACUUUCUGAGACAUAUUUCGUUUCAGAAAUUUCAAAUUCUCUGUUAUAAUCAGCAUCACUCGCUUUUUCCUGAGUAUUUUUAAGAUAAGGAGAAUAAGAAACUAACAGAGAGAAAUGAUGAUUGUUCUUUUCUCAAGGGAUAUUUUUCCACAGUUAUUACUUUACAAAUCUUAAAUUAUUCAAACAAUAACAAAAUAUUUAUUGAAGUUCCUUGGUUUCCUAAAUGAACACCCAUGGAUAUGUAUUCAGAUUUGGACAUAUAGCUAGAUAUUUACUGGGCAAAUGUGCAAGCUAAGGAUUUUAGUACUAAGAUGAUGAUAAUAAUAUUAUAACUUGAGUAUAAGCUAAAGGAAAUUAUUUAAGUUGUCUUAUUUAUUAUAAUAGGAACGUAUACGUUUGGAAAAUAAUGGAAGAUAUUUUUUUUUGCUAUACAGGCACCUAUAUUUGGAUGCUCAAAGGAAUUGUUUGAAAAAUCAUUAAUAUUCAAACGUAUUGAUAACAUAUCAUUCAUUUCAAAUAUCACAAAAAGGAAGAAUGGAAAUGUGAAUGCCGAAAAGUGUUGUAGUUACUUGUUAUAAAUAGCGCUUUUUAAAGGAAGUGUGUGUUUUUUAGACAGCAAUAAUAUAUUUAUACAUUUUUUAAAGGGUAUAUUGAUAACACAUUUUGUUUGAUAUUGCUUUUGUUAUUGUUUAUAUUAAACAUAUUUAA